ACUCCAGCGGCGCUGCUCCACGGUGUUCCCACACCCAGCCUGCGCCUUGUGCUGAGCGCGGGGGGGAACCGGAGCCGCUCCGCAGUGGAUCCCACGCAGGACAUUGUGUUGUUGAUGCGGCUGUUUGUGGAGGUCUGAGCGGCCUCAACAGGCGGGGACAGCCCGGAGUCAUCCCCCUCUCGUCCUCAUCACUGUCUAAGGCUGCUGCUGCUGCUGCUGGCAUCAUCCAUGUAGGGUCAUUGUGGACGGGGAGUUGUUUACUAAGCAUCAUCUGAUUGAAGAAAACAUCUGACUGCUAUCAUGAGCAGCACUGUGUUUCAACAGCAGGCUGUACACAGCACUCUGGAGCAACAGAAGCAGAAGAUGAAACAGGAAGGAGGUGGUGCCGUCGCCUGUCACAACUGUGGGAAUCCCUGUAAGGGGGAGGCUCUCCGUGUUCAGAACAAACACUUUCACAUAAAGUGUUUUGUCUGCAAACUCUGUGGUUGUGAACUUGCCCAAGGAGGCUUCUUUGUGCGCCAAGGUGAAUACAUUUGUACUCUGGACUACCAGAAGCUGUACGGGACCCGCUGCUUCAGCUGCCAGGACUUCAUUGAGGGGGAGGUGGUGUCAGCUCUGGGGAAGACCUACCAUCCCCGUUGCUUUGUCUGCGCCUCAUGCAAGCAGCCAUUCCCAGCUGGUGAUCGGGUGACAUUUAAUGGAAAAGAGUGUAUCUGCCAGAAAUGUACCCAGCCUCUGCCUGCCAACAGCCCGGCACCCAUCCAGGCUGUUCACAACUGCUGUGGUUGUGGGAGGGAGUUCAAGAAUGAACAGUCUCUUGUUGCUCUGGACAAGCACUGGCACCUGGGCUGCUUCAAGUGUAAAGUGUGCAACAAGGUGCUCAAUGCUGAGUACAUAAGCAAAGAUGGGAUCCCCUACUGUGAGAUGGAUUACCAUGCUAUGUUUGGCAUCCAGUGUGAGAGCUGUAAGAAGUACAUCACUGGGAAGGUUCUGGAGGCUGGAGAGAAGCAUUACCACCCCACAUGUGCCCGAUGCGCUCGCUGUGAGCAGAUGUUUGGAGAAGGAGAAGAAAUGUAUCUGCAAGGAUCAUCUAUCUGGCAUCCUCCAUGCAGACAAGCUGCCAAGCAGGAGGAGAAAAGCAAGAAGCAGGUCCGGAUACAGCUCAGUGAUGCCCCUAAUAAGCAGGUGACCCGGACUUCCUCUGAGAGCAUCACUUCAGUUCCUGCAUCCAGUGCCUCUGGCUCACCCAGCAGAGUCAUCUAUGCCAAACUAGGAGAGGAGAUGCUGGACUAUAAGGACCUGGCAGCACUUCCAAAGACAAAGGCUAUCUAUAACAUCGACAGGCCUGACAUGCUUUCCUACUCUCCUUAUAUCAGCUACCCAUCUGAGGAGAGGCACUAUGGAGAGGGUGAUGGGGAGAAGUCACCCCGUCAGCGGAGGCCCUCAAGCCCCAGUUCCAACAGCUCUCUGGGGGGGUAUGGACGGUACACCCCAUCCCGUUCCCCUCAGAACUACAGCAGAGCAGGACCAGAAGUACACAUGGGUGCUAAAUACAGCAGCCUGGCCCGUGAUUCCAGUUCCCUCCCUUCACCUAAACCCUUCCUGGGUGGUGUAAGGAACCCCUCCACCUUGGCAAGGGAUACCUCCUCCCUCCCUGCACACUACUCUGGCAGGGCUGAAGGGAGUGGGGGUGCUGUAGGCAUUGGCAAGUACUCACCAACACCACUAAGUGGCAGUGCAAGCUUGUCUUUACAGCUGAACCCUACAACCCUGGCAAUGCUCCAGCAGCAUAACUACAUCCCUUAUUUCAGAGGGUUCAAACAGGACCCCGUUCCUGGUCCUAAGCCUAGGACAUCCCUGCACCUCAAUUUACCACCUCCCAACGGUAGUGAAAGUGGUCGGAGUACUCCCAGCUUAUCCACCUACUCUGAUGGCAAAUCUCCCUCAUCUACUUCGACAUAUGUGGCUGCUCCCCGGCAUUUCCACAUACCAGAGGCUACAGUCAAAGAUAAUAUCUAUAGAAAACCCCCCAUCUACAAACAGCAUGCUUCUAGAACAUCCUGGCAGGAGGGUGAUGAUAGCAAGAGAACAAGUUGGAUAAUCUUGAAAAGUGAGACUGACGGUGAGAUAGCUCCAGAAGACCUGAAUCCCUGUAAAUCCACAUGCAGUCUCCCCAUGGACACAUCUCAGCCAAAUUUCCCCUACAAUAAAUCUGCAUCAUUACCCGGCUAUGGAAGGAAUGGCAUCUAUAAGGCUGCUGAUAUGGUGGAGGACGACGUGGACCCUGACUCCCACAGCUGGGGAGGCAUGAGAGAUUACAAGAUCUACCCCUAUGAAAUACUAGCAGUGACACAUAAAGUGAAAGUGAAGCUUCCCAGAGAUGUAGAUCGCACCAGACUGGAGAGGCAUUUAUCUCCAGACGAGUUUCAGCAGGUUUUUGGAAUGACACUGGAACAGUUUGACCGGAUGGCCCUGUGGAAGAAGAACGACAUGAAGAAGAAGGCCCGUCUGUUUUAGACCAUCAUUAAAUAAUCGCUGCAACAACUGCAAUCUUUAAGGAAGCAAAAGAUAACGCCUGAAAUAUCAGUAUGCACCUCCUCAGACUCUCCGCUUGUAAAUCUCCAUGUAUUCUGCCUGUGCAGCUACAUAGAGGCGCCCUGUGUGGGAAUGUUUUCACAUAAUUGGGGCAGUAAUAGAAUGUGUAGCUUUUUGUAUGCAGUUCUGUGCGAAUGUUUGAUUGAAAAUCCCACAGAAGAGGAAGAGAAGAUGUGUUUGCAUGGUUUGUGUUUUUCUCCUUGCUUCCUGUGAAGUUCUGUAUCCUCCCCGGUUUUCUCCUGGUGCAUCCAUAAAUUCACAUUUUUAAAAAAUGAAGAACUGCUCUUUCUCAUUCUAGUUGUGGGCCUUCCCCCAGGCUUUACUGUAUGUGGUUCUGGUUGUUUUAUAUGCACCAAAACUUACAUUUUCAAACAUAAGCUGUCUUGUUUUUCUGCCUGUCGUUUGUCCUCUCUCUGUUCAUCGUCUCCUACUUCAAUAUGUUUUUGCUGCAAUGCCCUUUUCUGUCUCUUUGUCCUCUGCCUCCUAACUCAUUAGCUGCGUCUCCAUUGACCACAUAAUCACACAAUUUGACAUUUUGAAAAUAAACUUGCUUAAUCAAAACACACUAAUUUCGAAAAAACUCGAUAAAAAGUUUUGGCACCAGGAUGAGGUGGUUCUUUUGGCCAUAUUGAAAUUGGUUUAUUCUGCAAAACUGCAAUGGAAACACUUUUUUCACAACACACAAGUCACAUGAUCAUGAACAUGAUGUUGCUGCUGGCCCAAACUAUGAAGAAGACAACAGGAAGUAGUUAGUUGGAGUAUUAUGGCAAAGCAUGUUUUUAGUGACUUAUUGAGUGAGCAAACAUAUUCACGUGUGAUUUAAUUGUGUUUCUUAUUUAAUGGAAACAAUGCGAUUGUGAAAUUGAGUUUUUUCAACAUUAGUGUAAUAUCGACAGAGUUUUGCACAAAAACAUAGUUUUUACAUGAAGCCACACAGCUUUGCUCUGUGACUAUGAGAAAAUGCUUGCAUAAUUUUACAUAGUUUUGUAAUGGAAAUACAGAUACAUUGACAAACAAGUUGGAUUUGGUUUACGCCAUUGCCAUUACCUUUAGGCUUAGAAGACAGAGAAGGAGUUAAGAACUGUCUGCGGUGAUGUUGUACUUCUGCAUCAUGUGAUUCUAUUUUUCAUUUUACCUCAUCUUCUUCUAGUCUGAGAGCUUGAUUGGUUCUGAUGCAUUCUCUAAACAUUUCCAAGUUUCUUCUCUUUCUAACCCUUCAAUUAACAACAGGCAGGAAGUGGAUAGCAACCACAUGAGUCAGGAAAUGGUCACAUGACCAGGAAUAUUUUAAUAAGCUAUUUUUGGAAGGAUCUUUAAACUUGUAUUGAGGUGGAGUUGAAGUAAAUUUAAAUUGGAUUGAUGUAAAAUCCAACACUCUGAUGUUGUAUUGUGUCCUCAGCUGGUUUGACAUGAAUUCCUACAUAGAGUCAAACUUCUACAUUUUAAAUGAAUGCCAUCAGCUUGCUUAAUUUUAAUUGGCUAUCAACUAAGGUCACCAUCAGAUCAUAUACAGAAUGUGUGUUUAAGUAAACUGGACAUAUACCAGAUUUAUCUGUCUGUAUACAAGCCUUGGUGUAUCUUUAAGCAUGCAUGAGGAUGGGAAAAUGGGGUUUCUCUACUGACCUCGUAUUAGAAAUGUAUGAAAACAUCAUCAGUGUUUGAAUAUUUUAUAGUCAUAUGAAAUGCCUGAAUUCACUGUUUACGUUUGCUUCUGUAAGGUAUUUAUUUAAAUGCGACUUUAUGGAAGUUAUAUUAUUUUUAAAUGAUUAUGGUGUAGUGUCAAAUGCAUAAGCAUCACGUGAUAAAUUUGAUGACGAGAGACAUAUCACAUUUUGAGUUUCAUCUUAAUGUAUGAUCAAAUGUUUCUCCUGUAGGUCAUACUAACUCCUGUCAUUAUCUUAACACUGAAUUUCUAAUAUCCAUCUGCUAUUAAAGUGCUUUAACCAGA